GAGUUGGUAGUGUGUGUGGAGCAGCAGAGGCUGGGUGGGUCCACAGAGAAGCGUUUCCACACAAACUCCCGUGCACGCCGCGCGUUAAAGGGCUUCCAGUUCUCACAGGGCCACAAUGUUGGUGCUGGCAGGGAUCGUCGUUCUGCACAUUACUACCAUCAUCCUGCUUCUGGUGGCCACCAUCGACAAUGCCUGGUGGAUCACCAAGACUGUGUCGACAGAACUGUGGGGCACGUGGGAGUUGAAAAGCUCAGACUGGCACUACUUCAGCCUGAGAGGCUACCCGGAGGGCUCCACGCAAGAAGAGUUCCUCCAGACCGUGCAGGCCACUUCAGUGCUGGCCUGUAUUUUCACCAUCCUGGCCCUGUUUGUGUUCGUGGCUCAGCUGUUUACGCUGCCCAAAUGCCAGCGGUUCACCCUGACCGGUAUUUUCCAGCUGAUCGGCUGCUUGUGUAUAAUGAUAGCUGCCUCCAUCUACACAGCUGAGCUGCACACCGACGACGUGUCAGGAGGAUACGGGCACUGCUACGUCCUGGCGUGGGUCUCCUUCGUCCUCAGCUUCAUCUUAGCCAUCACCUACCUCAUCCUGAAGAAGACGAACGAGUGAGACCAUAAAAAAAAACGGCUGCUCCAUCAGUGGGAAGUGAAAGUGCAGGAUUUAAUCUUUAAACAUCCUA